AUGUCCAAAGAAAAGUCGUUUGAUGAAAGCGAUUUUUCAUCGAUUGUUGGUAAAAGUCUUCGGAAUGUUCUGGAAAAAAGUGUAACGGAUCUUGUUUUACCCUAUAAAAUUUUAUCCCUUUCACAUUUAUCAUCAUGGAAUACAUUUGAAAAUGAUAUUAUUCAACUAUUAAAACAAAAUCCUCUCAAUGAACAAGAAUUUCUUUUAUUUAAUCAUUUAAACUUCUCUGUUAAGGAGAAUUUUCAAGAAGAAGACAUUUCCUUUAAAUAUUUAAUGAAUUAUCAAGUAGAUUUUCUUCAUAAACAAUCAGAUUUUGAUCGUUUACGUCGAUUCAUAUCAAUAACGAUUUGUUCCCUUUCGACAAAAUGA